UGCCACUCUAAUUUCUUGGGGGCAUCUUUCCCUUUUUCUUUUUCCAUUCCUUUUCACUCUCUGUGCCUUUGCUUUAUCUUCUUGGCUCUAACUUAUUUAAAUACAUAUGACGAGUGAUACGACGAUUGUUAUUGUUGUUUCUCCCUUUUUAUUGUUCUCUGAUUGUUCAGUUUCUGUAUCUGCUUAUGAUUUUCGGUGACUAUGGCUAUGCGCUUCGUUUCCCAGUUUGUCAAUUUGGUAUUGACCCAGUUACUAUUCUAUGUACGGCCAUGUUGAGAAGCUAGCUGAAGAGAUUAAAAAAGGAGCUGCUUCCGUUGAAGGAGUGGAAGCUAAGCUAUGGCAGGUGCCUGAAACACUGCCUGAAGAGGUCCUUGGGAAAAUGGGAGCACCUCCAAAGAGUGACGUUCCAAUUAUUACACCAAAUGAGUUACCUGAGGCUGAUGGCUUAUUGCUUGGUUUCCCCACAAGGUUUGGACUAAUGGCUGCUCAAUUCAAAGCUUUCAUGGAUGCAACAGGAGGCCUAUGGCGUACACAGGCACUAGCUGGAAAGCCUGCAGGAAUCUUUUACAGCACCGGUUCUCAAGGAGGAGGACAAGAGACAACACCGUUGACAUCUAUCACUCAGCUGGUUCAUCAUGGGAUGAUAUUUGUGCCCAUUGGUUACACAUUUGGUUCUGGGAUGUUUGAGAUGGAGAAUGUGAAGGGUGGUUCCCCAUAUGGUGCAGGUACCUACGCUGGGGAUGGCUCCAGACAACCUACCGAGUUAGAAUUGGCUCAAGCUUUCCAUCAGGGGAAGUACUUUGCUGCCAUUGCUAAGAAGCUCAAGGCAUCUUCUCAGUGAUCUUAAUACAUCUACGUUUGAUGUUUCUUUACAAGAAAAAAGUUAUAUGCAUCAUAUCCAGUUUCAAGUUCCUGUGAUGUCGAACAGAAUAAGAUUUUAUUCAGAGAAAGAGAGAGAAAAUAAUCAAUACUUGGGUUCAAUACCAGUGUGUUGUCAUUUGUCAUAAUGUGUCCUCAAAUACAAUGUUAUUGUCAGUAACAAGAAUUUGGUCAUUGUUUGUAUUUUCAUUUAGCACAAUUUUGUUUGGCAAUAAUAUUAAUAGUACGGUGCCAAUCAA